AUGGAAGAUUGGUUCCAAUGGUUGUGGUUUCUUUUGGUUUCAUAUGUUGGGCUAGUUUUCGUUGUAAAAGUUGUUUUUCAUCUCUGGUGGAUACCGAGGAAGAUCGAAAAUCACUUCAGGAAGCAAGGAAUUAAGGGACCUAAGUAUCAGCUUUUUUUAGGCAACUUAAAAGAACUUGCUAGCUUAAAUUUGAAGGCUUCUGCUCAACCAAUGCUUCUAUCCCACAACAUACUCCCUAGAGUUCUCUCCUUCUAUCAUCAUUGGAAGAAAAUUUAUGGUGCAACGUUUUUAGUAUGGUUUGGACCGACGCCUCGUCUCACUGUAUCUGAUCCAGCAGUCGUUCGAGAAAUUUUCAUCUUGAAAUCGGAUUAUUUCGAGAAAAAUGAAUCCCCUCUACUUGUGAGGAAACUUGAAGGUGAUGGUUUGUUGAGUCUUAAAGGAGAAAAAUGGGCUCACCAUAGAAAGAUCAUUCAACCAACUUUCUACACAGAAAAUCUCAAGUUAAUGAUGCCGAUGAUGGCGAAAAGUGUAGAAGAGGCAGUCGAGAGGUGGUCGGACGAGAUGUCUAAUGCCGGCAAGGUGGAAGUUGAAGUGUCUGAAUGGUUUCAGAACUUGGUUGAAGAUGCCAUUACAAGAACAACUUUUGGAAGCAGCUAUAAAGAUGGAAGGGCAAUUUUUGAUUUGCAAUCACAACAAAUGGUCCAUGCCACUGAGGCCUUUCAGAAAGUUUUCAUCCCUGGAUACAGGUAUUUAAUGAUGCCGAUGAUGGCGAAAAGCGUAGAAGAGGCAGUCGAGAGGUGGUCGGACGAGAUGUCGAAUGCCGGCAAGGUGGAAGUUGAAGUAUCUGAAUGGUUUCAGAACUUGGUUGAAGAUGCCAUUACAAGAACAACUUUUGGAAGCAGCUAUAAAGAUGGAAGGGCAAUUUUUGAUUUGCAAUCACAACAAAUGGUCCACGCCACUGAGGCCUUUCAGAAAGUUUUCAUCCCUGGAUACAGGUUCUUGCCGACUAAAAAGAACAGAAUUUCUUGGAGAUUGGAUAAAGAAAUUCGAAAAUCCUUGAUGAAGCUGAUCGAGGAGAGGAGAAAAAAUUCAACAAGUCAGACAUUGUCAGAAGAAUGUCCUAACGAUUUGUUGGAACUAAUGAUCAAAGCAUGUUUAAAACAGACACAAAUUAAUAGCUCGAAUAUUUCUCCGUCGAGUUCUACGCUUGCAAUAACCGUUCAAGACAUAGUCGAGGAGUGCAAGACCAUUUUCUUCGCCGGAAAACACACAACGUCGAACUUGCUGACGUGGACGACCAUCCUCUUGGCCAUGCAUCCUCAGUGGCAGGAACAAGCACGUGAGGAGGUCUUGAGGGUGUCUGGAGCACGUGACUCUCCAACUAAAGAUGAUCUUGCAAAGCUCAAAACGUUGGGAAUGAUUUUGAAUGAAUCUCUAAGAUUGUACCCACCAGCAGUGGCAAUAAUCAGACGUCUUUUGCUUGGUCUUUUGCUCGUCUUCUUUGUUCAUCAUUCACGCAACUCGUCCAUGUGUGAGCUUGGCCUUUUGAGUUAG